AUGUCAUCAGCUGCUAUGUCCAAAAAGAACAAGGGGAAGAAGAUGGCAGACCCCAAUGAGACAUCGAAGCUCUUGGCGGCCAAGAUUUCUCAGCUGGAACAAGAUGCCGCUGGUGAAAAGGAUCAAGAGCAGGAAAUUGAGCGUGAAGUGAAGAAGGCUACUCGAGAUUUGAACCAACUCCUCAGUAACAUUGAAUCACCGAUGACUCGUUUGGAGACCGUGCACAAGAAGUACACGGAGCUUUUGGCCGAUAUGAAAAAGCUGGAUCGCGAUUAUUCAAAGAGCAAAAAGCGGGCGGAUCAACUGCAGAAGGACCAGGAUAAGGGAAAAUCAGAGUUGAACAAAACCGUUACCAUGAAAGACAAACUUGAAAAGCUGUGCAGAGAGCUCACUAAAGAAAAUAAAAAGGUCAAGGAUGAAAACAAAAAACUUGAAGAUACAGAGAAGAAGGCAAGACUGAUUGUCAACGAACGCUUGGACUCUCUCUUGUAUGAUAUUCAAGACGUCAUGGCUGCCAAGGGCAAUCCACGGAGCGAAAAAGUGGAUAUUGACCUAGACGAAGCUCUGCGUGCAAAAAUCAAGACGAUUGGCGAGAAGUUUGAAAUGCGCGAGGGACACUAUAAGUCACUCCUACGCAGCAAGGAUUCAGAAAUCCAAUGUCUUACCGCCAAGUACGAGGAACAACGCCGUACCGCCGAGAAUGAAGCCGCUCGUUGUCGCGCCCUGAGCUCCCAAGUCUCUACGUUCUCACAUACCGAAGCCGAACUGCGUAGCCAGCUAAACAUAUAUGUGGAGAAGUUCAAACAGGUGGAGGAUACGCUAAACAACAGCAAUGAACUCUUCCUUACUUUCCGUAAAGAGAUGGAAGAAAUGUCGAAGAAGACAAAGCGUUUGGAAAAGGAGAAUCUCACCCUCACCCGCAAACACGACCAGACGAAUCGCAACAUAUUAGAGAUGGCAGAAGAGCGCACAAGGAACCACGAGGAGUUAGACAAGUGGCGAAAGAAGAGCCAUCACCUCGAAGCUCUUUGCCGACGAAUGCAAGCCCAAGGCCGAGGCCAAGGUCUUGCGGCCGAUCUAGACGGGGACGACGAGGGCACAGAGAGCGAAUACGAUGAGGACUAUGAGGAUGAGGGAAUCAGUGACGAUGAAUACGAGCUUGAAACCGCAGACCGCGACGUAAAUGGGGACCGCAACGUACCGCAGCAAGCAGAGAAGCCUGUAUUCGGACCACCCCCUCCACCCAACCUUCUGGAAGCACGGGCCAACGGAAACAAGGCCAUGAUCAAUGGAUGUCAUUAG